UUGUGACAGCUGAGAGCCGCAGGCUACAACAAACUCUGUUCUGCAGCCCUUCACAUUAGGUCUUGUACAUGUGUAUCCAGCUGUUGCAGUGUAUGAAGUCACACUGUGAAUGAAUGCUUCCCUUUGGAUGACUGGCUAUAGGACCUUGCAGAAUCCCUGGAGUCCGCAGAGGGUGUGUGGCGUGGAGCCUGAAAAAUAAAACUUUUAGCUUUUCCUACCAUGUGGGACACAAGAAGCUUUGGAUGACUUCACUGCUUGUCUUCGCAGUUGCUGCAACCUGCCCCUAAACUCUGCACAAGAAGAUAUCCUGCAUUCCUGUCCUCACAUGGUUAAAGCUGGAGAAAGCUUCUCAUCUUCACAAGUGGGUGUAGCAGAGUUCUCCUGGCGCUACAAACACAGCUCCUGGGUAGGAAAGUGUGUCAGUUAUGAAUUAAACCUGCCCCAUAAGAUACCCCAAGGAUGAGAUCCUUAGAAGAGGAAAGAACCUGUGAUGCCCCCUGAAGAAGUCGACUAUGAUCCGGAGAAGACCUUUUGGUAGCAGCACGUUUCGCCAACCUGCACUUUGAUAUGUUUGUCUUGCUAGUCUUGCACUCUCUGCUCUCUCCUGCCUUAGGACAGACUAUCCCAGAAGCAGAUCGUUCCAGCUUCGUCCCAGAUUCAGAAGGUGACCUUUACUUCCUGCUGGACAGCUCGGGAAGCGUCACCUACGAUGAGUUUUCCAAAGUCAAACAAUUCAUUGGGGAUCUUCUCCAACCUUUUAAGUUUGGUCCACAGGACGUUCAGGCCAGCGUCGUCCAGAUCAGCACUAAUCCUACGCUGGAAUUUCCCUUGAACCAAUACAGUUCCAGUAAGGAUGUCCAAAAAGCCAUUCAGCAAAUAAGGCAACGUAUGGGCGAUACAAAUACAGGCAAAGCUAUUGAUUAUGUCAAGAAAAAUCUCUAUGCAGAAGACUUUGGCUCUAGGGGUGAUGUCCCGAAAGUUCUGGUUUGGAUGACGGAUGGAUUGUCCACUGAUGACAUCUCUGGGCCUAUGAAGCUUCUCAAGGACAAGGGCGUUUCAGUAUUUAUUAUUUCCACAACGGGUCGAGGAAAUUUCCAGGAUUUAUCUGCGGCAGCCAGUGAUCCCAAUGAGAAAUAUUUAAAGUUUGUCGAUAAGGAUGAUCUGGGGAUCAUUACAAAGGAGCUGCGGGACUCAAUCAUUGAACUGAUUCAAGCAAAGAGACUUCAUGCACAGAAUAUAACAACAAGCAGCUUCCAGCUAACAUGGCCAAGAUUAUUAUCCAAAGAUACAGGACAUUAUGUAUUGGAAUAUGCACCAGUUGCUGAUUUGGGGAAGAAGUUACAGCACAAUCUUCACGGCGAUCAAACACGUUUAGAAAUUACAGGAUUAACUGCAGAUACCACGUACGCAGUCACACUGUACCCGGAGUCGAAUAUUGAAUAUUUGCAGCCUCAAACCAUACAGGUCUCUACUCUUCAAGAGGCGAGAGAAGAAAGGAAUCUGGAGGCCCUGGAUAUAACAACCACAAGUUUCUCAUUGACCUGGUCAAGGUUAUCUGGAGAUACAGGGACGUAUGUUGUGGAGUAUUCACCGCUGUCUGACCCAAGAAAAAAGUUACAGAAGACCAUGUCGGUGGAGGAGACUACUAUGGUCCUUAGUACUUUAACCCCAAAUACCACCUACCAGGUCACACUCAUACCUGAUUCCAACAACCCGAAUAUUCAGCCUGAAACAAUCCAAGUGUCCACGCUCCCAGAUUACAUCCAAGCAAGAAAUCUACAGAUUCUAGAUAUUACAUCCACUAGUUUUAAUGCCACCUGGUCCAAGUUAAUAGGUGAUACAGGACGCUACUUUUUGGAUUAUUCUUUACUAUUUUAUCCAAGGAGAAAGACAAGAAAGACAUUGUAUGGAGAGCAGACCAGUGUGGUGGUCAGUGGUUUAACACCAAACACGACCUACCAGGUCACAUUUAUUCCUGAAUCCAAACUGGAGGCUCCACAAUCCCAGACUCUCUCAGUCUCCACACUACCAGACAUGAUUCAAGCAAGAAAUCUACAAGUCCACGACAUCACCUCAAGGAGUCUUCAUUUAACCUGGUCCAGAAUAGAAGGAGAUACGGGAUAUUAUAGAGUGCACUAUGCAUUAGCUUCCCAACCAGAUGUCAAAUCUGAAAUGUCCUUGUAUGGUGAGAGCCGUGCAGCCAUUGGAAACCUAAGACCAAACACCACCUAUCAGAUCACCUUGAUUCCACAAUCCAACCUGCAGUACAUCCACCUGCAGACGAUAGAGAUCACUACUCUCCCAGAACACACACAGACAAGAAACCUGCAGGCUCGGGACAUGACAAGCACUGGUUUUCUCCUAACCUGGUCCAGGCUGCAUGGAGAUGAAGGGCGUUAUGUUUUGGAGUAUGUUCCUGUUUCUGAUCCAGAGAUGACGCAACAGAAAAUUGUGUACGGAGACGAGACCAGUGUGGUUGUGAGUGGUCUAAGACCAGAGACCACCUAUCAGGUCACACUGAUCCCAGAAUACAGUGCAAACUAUACUUUUCCUGAAGUCAUCAUGGUUUCUACACAUUCAGCUCCGGUUCAGGAAAGGCAUUUACAGGCCAUAAAUAUAACAGCGAGAAGUUUUCUGCUAACCUGGUCCAGGCCUCCUGGGGACAGGGGCAGAUACAUUGUGGAAUAUUCCCCAGUAUUGGAUCCGAGAGGAAAAUUGCAGAAGACUUUGUCUAUGGACGCGAGCAGCGAGAUGUUCACUAACCUAACCCCCAAUACCACCUACCUGGUCUCCCUGAUCCAUGAAUCCGGUGCCCACUAUGGAACAAUUCAAGUCUCUACUCUCAUAGAUCCAGUUAAAGCAAGAAAUCUACAUGUUCAGGACAGAAAGUCUAACAGUCUCCAGCUGUCCUGGUCCAGGUUGGCUGGAGACACGGGACGAUAUGUGUUAGAAUACGCACCAGUAAUAGACUUAAGCAAGACCAUACAGAACGUUUUAUACAGGGGACAGACUAGUGUGAUAUUCCACAACCUAACCCCAGAUACUGUAUACCAGGUCACCUUUGUCCCUGACUCCAGGGGGCAGUAUAACCAGAAGCAGAAUAUCACAGUUUCUACACUUCCAGAACUGAACCAGAAGAGAUCUGUAUAUGUUCGGGAUAUUACAACUACAAGUUUCCAGUUGGCCUGGUCAAGGAUGCCAGGAGACCAGGGACCCUAUGUAGUGGAGCUUGAAUUAAUAUCAGAUCCAAGAAGGAAACUUAGGAAGACUUUGCCCCAUGACCAGACAAAUAUCAUAUUUAGUCAUUUAAGUCCAGAAACUAAAUACAGAGCCACGGUGUUUUCUGAGGCUAAUAUUCAGUAUGUCCCACCACAGAACAUUCAGGUCUCCACUCUUGAGGAACAACAUUUUCCAGCCCACAUCCUGAUUUCUGACCCCAGUGCGCACAGUUUCCGGGUGAGUUGGGGUCCCAGUCCUGAAAGUGUUGCUGGAUAUUUAAUUCAGUAUGGACCAAUUCCCAGCAAUACAGUGCGAACCUUGCAGGUAGACAGCAAGGUGAAUAGCACCAUUCUGGAAAACUUGAAAUCCAAUACAACCUACCUGGUUACAGUGUCUGCCAUAUUAAAAUCUGGUGGCGAAAAAUCCUUGUCUGCCAUAGCAUGCACAGAACACGAUGACACAAGAGUAAAGUACUUACAUUUCAAUGACCUGGGUGACAGAAGUGUGAAGGCUACAUGGGGAUCAGCAGAUGGAGACGUACAGGGCUAUCGAGUUCGGUGCCGGAGACAGGCAGGAUCCUCCUCGGUUAUCAGCGUAGCUCCGCAGACUCACAGUGUAUAUUUAACAGACUUGGCAGAAGGAACCAUGAACAAGAUCUGCGUCAUGCCGGUCUAUAAGAAUGGAGAGGGGAAGAACCUGUGCCGAAAGAUUCAGAUGCAACCAGGAACAUCUGCAAAUGGUUAUUCCAGAAUAUGAACUCGGUAAAAGAAGGAUAGAGAUGCCAUGAAGGCCAUCGUGAAUGGAGGCACGUGAAAGCCACCGGCUCUACAAGAUGAGAAACUUUUACUAUCUGGAGGUUUCUGCAGAAGAAAGCUAGAAGAGCGUGGGCACUUAGGCCUCAAGAAGAAGAUGAGGUUAUUAUGGGAUAACCUAUUUGUACAGUCCUGUGGUCAAGAUGAUAUCUAGUGACCACAAUGAACCCGUGUACUUCUCUCAUAACCACUUCAGACUGUUCCUAACACGUUCAUAUUAAGGUGUUCUUCAGGACUAGAAAAUGCAUGACCUGUCCUUGGAGUAGGCUAUCAAUAUCGGAGUGGAGGUCUGACUAUUAGCACUCCCACCGAUCUAAGGGACCACGGUGCUUCAGUGAGUGCUGCCCCCCCCCACUCUUUGCUUACCCAAAAUUCUUUAAUGGCCGUCAUGCUCCUCCCAUAGACUUGCAUUAAGGGGUCAUGGCCUGAGGGCAGGAGGGCGCGUGGCCGACCCCCGCAGCGCGCACACAGCAUUCAGAACUAAAUGUUCCGAACGCUGGCCAGUGGAGUACCCCUUUAAAAGUAUAGGACUCUGCUGGGUAAACCGUGGAGAAGACCACUCAGUGGAGCCCCACUAACUACCCCUUUAAUCAAUGAUAAGCAGGGUUGUGAAGAAGAGUCAGACCACCACCGCUCUGAUAUUGAUAUCCUGGAAAAUCACUUUACUCUUAAAGGGGUACUCCCGUGGAAAAUGUUUUUUUUUUUUUUUU